AUGCCAGUUCUUAAUCUCCUAAUAGCCUUGUUCUUCCUUCCAGUCUGCAAUUCUAUGAAAGAAUCGUCUUGCUCUUCGUAUUACGGAAAUUUACCAAUACAAUAUUCAUUUCGAUUAAUGCAAAAAGUACCCAGAAAACAAGCUGUAUUUCUGCGAUUAUCAAUUGGGAACUGUCACAGUAUUUUAAUACGACAAUGCUUAAGAAUCAAACAGAUUAACAGAAUACUAUUACAUUACACAAAUUAUCACUAUAAUUCACAAUUCUUUUCUAAUCUUUAUGCUAAAAUACGAAAUAAAACCCUUCACGCUGUCGAUCCUGGUCUAAAGAAAAAUGACUGCUCCUCCCUUCCUCUUUAUGCCUGGACAGCAAACAACCUUAGUCAUGACUCCCAUUUUUACUUCAACUCCAACUUCCCCUACUAUCAGCGAUAUUCGUUGGCCUCGGGAACAAAGGAUACCGUGACUUUUCUUAAUUGUUCAACCACAAUGAAUUCUUCCGAAUAUCUGGACCCAUCUCCUUGCAUAACUAAUUCUUCUCUACCACAAGCUCACCCUCAGUAUGUUUUCCUUGGAAAUCUGCAAGCAGCAUCCCUGAACUUUUGUGAAUAUGUAUUAAUGACUCCGGCGGUGAUUCAAACAAUUGGGAAUCACACGUAUGCUGAUAUCCACAAGAAAUUGACCAUAGGAUAUGAGCUUUCAUGGAGUCAAUCUUUUUGUUUAAUUUGUGCAGUAAAUGGAGGAUAUUGUCCUUAUUCAGAUGAUUCUCGUGAAUCCAAGCGCAUCUGCUGCAGAGGACAAUUCUCGAAUGUUCAUUGUUUUGGACAAUAUUUAUGGAGCACAAUACAGGGCUGCAUAGGACUGGUACUGAAAAUUGUUGGGUGUUUUACCAUGUUAAAAGCUGCCGUUGGAAUCCCAUGCACGUUUUCGUGUCUAGUUUAUAAAUGGUGGAGACGAGCGUCAAUCGAUAAAUGUGUUGAAGAGUUCUUGCAAAACUACUGGAUGACAGAUGACAGAUGACAGAUGACAGAUGGCUUCAAGGAACAACUGGGUCAAGGUGGCUUUGGCUCUGUAUUUAUGGGAAAGCUAUCAAAUGGUUGUCUAGUUGCGGUAAAGAUGCUGGCAGAGGCCAAGGGCGAUGGGCGAGAUUUCAUGAAUGAAGUGGCAACAAUUGGGAUGAUCCGCCAUGUACACGUGGUACAACUUCUUGGAUUCUGCUUUGAAGGAUAUAAAAGGGCUCUCAUAUAUGAAUACAUGUCCAAUGGAUCUCUUGACAAGUAUCUGUUCUCUCAAGAGGACGUCUGCACUCUAAGUUGGAGCAGGAUGUAUGAGAUUGCUUUAGUCAUAGCUCAUGGGAUUGAAUAUCUACACCGAGGUUGUCAUAUGAGGAUCCUGCACCUUGAUAUUAAGCCUCACAACAUCCUUCUUAACGAAGACUUCACUCCAAAAAUUUCUGAUUUUGGCCUUGCCAAGUUGUAUCCAAGAAAUGAUAGUGUAGUUUCUCUGACAAAUGCUAGAGGAACUAUGGGAUACAUGGCUCAAGAAUUGCUGUAUAAAAGUAUUGGAGGCAUCUCCUCUAAAUCGGACGUUUACAGUUUUGGAAUAGUGUUGAUGGAAAUGGCUGGGAGAAGGAAAAUUCUCAUGUUCGUGGAGAAUUUGAGCCAAAUCUACUUCCCAUCAUGGAUUUAUGAUCAACUAGAACAAAAGGGUAAAGUGGAAAUCAAGAAUGCCACAGCUGAGAAAAAGGAUAUAGGCAAAAGGAUGAUCAUGAUUGCUCUCUGGUGCAUACAACUGAAGCCUGCAGAUCGUCCUUCCAUGACCAAAGUGGUGGAGAUGCUUGAAGAUACUUCAGAGCCAUUGCAAAUGCCUCCCAAGCCCGCUUUAGCUCCAGAAAGGAAACGUAGCUGA